GGCGGUGGCGGAGGCGGCGAAGCUGGAGGAUGGCGCUCUUUCGGCGUCUGUUCUACAGGAAGCCGCCGGAUCGGUUGCUGGAGAUCUCGGAGAGAGUUUAUGUGUUCGAUUGCUGCUUCUCAACAGACACAUUGAGAGAAGAUGAGUACAAGGAUUAUAUGGGCGGCAUUGUUGCCCAGCUACAGGAUUACUUCCCUGAAGCCUCAUUUAUGGUGUUUAACUUUCGAGAAGGAGAACGCCGAAGCAAAAUCUCUGACAUUUUGACUGAAUACGAUAUGACAGUCAUGGACUAUCCUCGACAGUAUGAAGGCUGCCCUCUGCUUCCGUUGGAGAUGGUCCACCAUUUCUUGAGAUCAAGUGAGAGCUGGCUAUCUUUAGAAGGGCAGCACAAUGUGCUUCUUAUGCAUUGUGAAAGAGGAGGAUGGCCUGUCCUGGCUUUUAUGCUUGCGGGUCUUCUUCUCUAUAGGAAGCAGUACACUGGGGAGCAGAGGACUCUGGAGAUGGUCUAUAAGCAAGCUCCAAAGGAGCUCUUGCAUUUGUUGUCUCCAUUGAAUCCACAGCCUUCGCAUAUGAGAUAUCUUCAGUAUAUAACCAGACGAGGCACUGCAACGGAUUGGCCUCCAGGAGAUAAGCCGUUCAAAUUGGAGUGCUUGAUUCUUAGAAUUGUGCCAAAUUUUGAUGGGGAAGGGGGAUGCAGGCCAAUAGUUCGUGUCUAUGGUCAAGACCCUUCAACCCCUGCUAACAGAAGCUCAAAGAUCCUUUUCUCCACGCCGAAGAUGAAGAAGCACGUGAAGCGCUAUAGACAGGAAGACAGUGCACUUGUGAAAUUACAUGCCCGUUGCCAAGUUCAAGGGGAUAUUGUCAUUGAGUGCAUCCAUAUGAAUGAUAAUCUUGAACGGGAGGAGAUGAUGUUCAGGGUCAUGUUCAAUACUGCAUUUGUAUGGGAUGCCAAGGAUCAAUUCUCAAAAGACUUCAAAGCAGAGGUACUCUUUUCAGACCAUAAUGCUACUGAAUCUGAUACCAUCAUGGGUACAGUAACUGGAGAUGAGGACGAGGCUGAAGUUGCUUCAAUGACAGAGGAGUUCUUUGAGGCAGAAGAGAUCUUUAGUAAUGCAGACUCACAGGAAUUGAAGCGGGAUAUGGACAUCCAAUCACCUGCCAAAGCUGCACCAGAUGUUGAGAAAACCAAGACAGAAAUUGACAACUUUUUUACUAAUGAACAAAAGGAAGUGUUAGAAACAACAAAUUCUGAACUGGAUUGGGAAAUUGUCACUACUAACAUGGGAGAUGCACGUAUCAGAUCACAAAGUGCAGAUGCACCAAAUCAAGCUGAUAAUGAAUCGGAAAUUAGCAAUGCAGCUGCAACUGAGAAACUAAUCACUUUGGAUGAAGUGAUUGCAGUUGAAGAGAAGAGUAUAUUACGGAUGAACAGCAUCAAGCAAAAUGAUGGAGGUGGUUCUUCUUGGCUACCUGAAGAGAAGAUCACAUCAGGAACUUGGAAAAAUAAGCAGGAGAUAGAGGGCAUUAUUUCUGAAACUGAAGUUCUGUUGAAUGAUACAGGACAUGAUGUGAAACUCCCAACUCCAGCCAGUAAAAAUGGAAUUACAUCUGGAAACAGUGAGCCUAACUAUAGUGCAGGCAUUAACAGUAAUAAAAGCGACGUAGUAUGUGACAAUAUUGAAAAGGAGGUUGAAUCUUUUGGUGACAAUGGAUUAGAAGCCUGCAUAUUGCCAGAUCAAGUAGCUAGUAGUGUACAUUUCGAUGAUGCUGUUUAUGAUAAAGAAAUUGUUACUGAAAAUGCAUUCACUUCAGGUGACAAUAUUACAUCUGAAGCAAAAGAUAUAGUAGAAAUCAGCAAUUUAAAACUGGAAGUCGAGAAAAUAGUUAAUGUAGAGGUUGAAAUGAAGGAUACAGUGGAAGCCAAUAAUUCUACUUGGAGUACAAAGCACAUAUUCAUCCCGAAGACUGUUACACAGGAUGAAACGGGCAGCAAACUGACUUUAAGUCCUGCUGAUGAAGCGAAGAGCAGAUUAGAAAGAACUGCUUCCAAACAAUAUUCUGAUAACAGUGAGACCAUGAAGAAAUCUAAUCUGGACGACAACAGUCAUAAUAGUAUGAAAGAUGAGAUGAGUUGCAGGAUGCAAACUCCCCCUUCUAACCAAGAAACAGAUAAAGGGACCUCUAGGAACAAGGUAGAAAUUAAAUCUCCCAGUCAAAAGUCAGGAGAUGAAAGCCGCAAACAGUCCAAAGAGAAGCCUUUGGCAGCAAUUUCCAUGAAGCCUCCGACAGGCAUAAUACCACAGUCUGAUUCCUCAAAGCAUACGAUUAAGCAACAGGAAUCUCUUAGCGAGCAGGCAAAGACACUAAAGCCAAAGACGGUACCUCGGUGGAUCCCUCAAAAGAAAGGUUCUAACGCUACUACUGUAUACAGGCCAUUGCAUCCUCCAUCAAGAUAUAACAGUUCUCCAGCUGCUCUAGGCAUCUCUGCAAUUUCUCAAGAUAAUGAAGCAGAUGAAGGUGCAGACUGUCCAUUUCCUCAUGCACUGAUUGAUAAAACAAUUACUUCUGCAGAAUUACAGGUGCAAGGAUUGCCAGAUACUCCUCGUCUUCCACCGUUAUCACCACCUCCUCCUCCUCCAUCUUCUGGGAUUUCAUCUAAUUCUUCUUUUCUUCAGUCCCAAACAAAUGCACACUUAGAAACCAGAUCAGUACUCCACGCUCCAACCCCUACCCCGCCGCCUCCACCACCACAGCCCCCAACCUCUCCACCUGCACCACCAAAGGCUGGAGGUUCUUCUCCACCUCCUCUAACAGGUUUGCCAGGGUCACAAGGUUCCUUGGCUGCAGGUAGAGGUCGUGGUUUUGCACGUGCUCCUGGCCCUAGUUUUUCUGCAGCAACUCGUCGAUCAUCGUUGAAGCCUUUGCACUGGGUGAAAGUAACAAGAGCUGUUCAGGGAAGCCUAUGGGCAGAACUCCAGAAAUCUGAUGAUCCUCUCAGUGCUUCAGAUUUUGAUGUAUCAGAAAUUGAAAGUCUCUUCUCUGCGAUUGUUCCGAAAUCGGGUGAUAGCUCCAAUUCUGAUGGACGUCGUAAAUCCCUUGGUUCAAAGUCAGAAAAAAUUCACCUGAUUGACCUAAGACGGGCCAAUAACACUGAAAUCAUGCUGACAAAAGUAAAGAUACCACUUCCUGAUCUGAUGAGUGCUGCUCUAGCAUUGGAUGAUUCUAUCUUAGAUGUUGAUCAAGUAGAAAACCUUAUAAAGUUUUGUCCAACGAAGGAGGAAAUGGAGCUGCUCAAGGGGUACACUGGUGACAAGGAAAAACUUGGAAAGUGUGAGCAGUUCUUUCUAGAGCUGAUGAAAGUUCCUCGAGUUGAGUCCAAAUUGAGAGUAUUUGCUUUCAAGAUCCAAUUUCGUUCACAGAUAUCAGAUCUUAGGAAGAGUCUAAACACUGUAGAUUCUGCAUGCGUUGAGAUUCGGAACUCUGUUAAAUUGAAGGAGAUCAUGAAGAAAAUUCUAUUUCUUGGGAACACAUUAAACCAAGGAACUGCCAGAGGUUCAGCAAUUGGAUUCCGCCUAGACAGCCUUUUGAAACUUGCAGAUACUCGAGCAAUUAAUAGAAUGACAUUGAUGCAUUAUUUCUGUAAGGUCCUUGCCUCCAAAUCACCACAUCUUCUAGACUUUCAUGAGGAUUUUGUUAGUUUGGAAGCUGCAUCAAAGAUACAAUUGAAGUUCUUAGCUGAAGAAAUGCAAGCCAUUGUCAAAGGUUUAGAGAAAGUAGAGUUGGAGUUGACUGCUUCUGAGAAUGAUGGCCCCGUGUCAGAAGUUUUUCGCAAGACUUUGAGGGAGUUCACUGCGACUGCUGGAGCCGAUGUACGAUCACUGACAUCACUUUAUACUGCUGUGGGUAGGAAUGCUGACGCUCUUGCUCUAUAUUUUGGUGAAGAUCCAGCACGUUGCCCUUUUGAACAAGUUAUCUCCACUCUCUUGAACUUUGUGACACUGUUUCGACGGGCACACCAGGAAAACAGCAAGCAGGCUGAGCUAGAGAGGAAAAAGGCAGAGAAAGAGGCUGAAAUGGAGAAAACUAAAUCUCCAAACUCAACAAAUAAAAAGGAAGCAAAAUCAUCAAACUUGAGUCAGAUGCUGCAGAAAGCAGUGAACAAGUCCAAAGUUGCAGACAGGCGAGAAAAGGAUGUUAGAUAGAAUGCUAACAAAUUAGCUUUUCAGAGACAGUUUUUGAUCUCUCAAGCCUUCUUGGAGAAUUCAAGUUCCUUUUUUAGUUUGGAGGUCCUGUUAAAAUUUUCAGGACCAAGAGGAUAAGAAAGCUCUGGUCAAGCCCAGAUGUCGCUGUGAAGAUGGCACCAAAUUUGAAGAUAAAAAAACUUGCACUGGUAUUUUGAGGCUGAGAUCAAUGAAAUCUUAGCAACUGAAGCAGAAACCUCUGU